AUGUGUUUCUACACCACAUUGAUCGUCACCAUCAACAUUGUCGCUCAAUCCGACUCCAAUCUGUUACCGCCAGGGUUCGACGUCAACAGCCUCACUCCCGACCAAAUACACGAUCGUUCAUAUGGCUCGAAACUAGUCCUUGUCGUGGAACAAUGUCAAAUCAUGACUGUCUGGUGUGAAAAGCUAUGUCUUUUGUUGCUCUACCGCCGCCUCACCGUUGGCAGAUGGGAAAGAAUGGCGAUCACAGCACUCUUCUUUUACGUCUGCAUCAGCUGGGGCAUCAUGGAAAUUCUCUACUUUGGCGUCUGGUGCAGGCCUUUCAACAUGUACUGGGCCGUGCCUUCGACUACGCAAUGCACCGCCGCAACAAAUCACCUCAUCACCAAUGCAGUCUUUAACAUCAGCUCGGAUGCUAUGAUAUUGGCUGUUGCCCUCCCUAUGUUUAUCAAGACACGACUGCCCCUGAGAAAGAAGAUUGCAAUUGUUGGCAUUUUCUCGCUGGGGACCUUUGUCAUCAUCUGCGCCAUCUUGAACAAGGUGUACAGCUUCAACCAGCCAUUUGGUCUCGAAUGGACAUUUUGGUAUGUCCGCGAAUCCAGCACAGCACUACUCACAGCGAAUGCCGCCUUUGUCUGGGCUCUACUCCGCCGAAUCUUCAAACUCCGCUCUUUGGGUUCUUUCUCCGGCAAAAACACAUACACGCCUCCGCAAAAGACACCUCGCCACGACGAAAUCGACUUGGACCUACUCAUGCCGGAUCCAGACGACUUCGAGGGCAUCCAUCGCCAUACGGAAAUUUGCGUAUCCGAAGACACGAUGAGCUUGAAACGCGAAAACAACUCCAUGACAGGGGGAAGAACUGCAUGGGCAGAAGCAUGGGCGGUAAGAGCGCCAGCAGAACCCAAACCAGGAAGCAGCAGCAGCAGAGAUGGUGGCAGCGAUUGUGGACGCAGUAUGGCCAACUCGACGACGGAGAUUGUGUCUUCGUCGCCGCCGAGGAAGCCUUCGAAGGCGUUGUUACGGCAGAGUCAGAAUGAUUCGCCUGUUUGA